GUGUGUGUGUGUGUGUGUGUGUGUGUGUGGUCGGCGCGCGCCUUUGGUGCCGCGCCACUGUCAUCCCUUCGCGCCUUUACAAGCGUCUUCUCAGCUCCUACAGUAUUCUCUCCUCCUCCGGUUACGCACGCGUUACGAUUUCACUGUUAUUACUGUUUUAUCAUCAUCAUCAUCAUCUUCACCUUCAUCACUAGUAACGGACUAACCCUCAGACCUAUCGUCACCACUCAGCACUUCUUACAUUCGGACCUUUCUCCUUUUCUCCAGUUCUCAUCGCGUUUGCAGCUUCAAGCAUGCGCAUGUGCGUCCUCAGCGCGCUCUUCUGUGGUGUCUCAGUGGCUUUGACCAUGUUAAAUGUGUCAGAAGAGCAGGAUCCGUGUCCUCUUGGUUAUUUUCCCUGUGGGAAUCUGAGCUUCUGCCUGCCACAGCUGCUGCACUGUAACGGAGUCGAUGACUGUGGAAACCAAGCAGACGAGGAUAACUGUGGAGACAACAAUGGCUGGCCUCAUUUGUUUGACAAAUACUUUGGGAUGCCCAGUAAAGACGCUGGAACCAAAUCAUCUGCGUGUCUACUUGGCCUCGUACCAGCCGAGUGUCAGUGUAGGGAUUUGGAGCUUGACUGCAACGGUGCUCGCUUUAAAGACGUCCCUACUGUAUCCACGAAUGUCACCAUGAUGUCUUUGCAAAGGAACCGUUUAAGGAAACUAAACACCGACAUGUUCCUUAAGUACCAGAAUCUUCAGAAGCUAUACCUUCAGCACAAUCGCAUCAAGGUGGUCGAACCCUAUGCGUUCCGAGGUCUUUAUAACCUCACGCGACUGUAUUUGAGCUAUAAUCGCAUCUCUAACCUAAUGCCAGGAGUAUUUCAGGACCUGCACAAACUGGAAUGGCUGAUUUUGGAAAACAACAAAAUCCACCAAGUUUCUUCUCUGACCUUUUCAGGCCUGAGUUCUCUCGUGCUGCUAGUUCUAUUGAAUAACUCUCUGACACAUGUUGACGAUAUAUGCCUGGAGAUGCCACGCUUAAAUUGGCUAGAUAUGGAAGGGAAUCAGAUGGAGAUUGUGGACAACAGAACAUUCUGGUCCUGUAGCAUGCUUACUGUGCUAGUCCUUCAGAGGAACAGGAUCAGUCAUAUCCAUGAACAGGCGUUCUCUCUGUUGCGCAGGAUGGGCGAGCUAGACUUAUCCAGUAACAGAAUCGAGCAAAUCUCACCAGAUCUUUUUGUAAAUCUAUUAGAUUUGCUGCAGCUGAAUAUUUCAUACAACCCGAUUCAGGAGCUGCAAGUGGACCAUUUUGACAAACUGCUCAAGCUGAAGUCACUGAGCAUCGAGGGCAUCGAGAUUGCGAACAUUCACAGAAGGAUGUUUGAACCACUCAGAAACCUCACACACAUUUAUUUUAAAAAGUUCCAGUAUUGUGGUUAUGCCCCUCACGUACGCAGCUGCAAGCCUAAUACAGAUGGCAUCUCAUCGUUGGAGGACCUUCUGGCCAACAUCGUGCUGCGUGUCUUUGUCUGGGUCGUGUCUGCCACAACCUGCUUUGGUAACAUCUUUGUCAUCUGCAUGCGCUCGUACAUCCGCUCGGAGAACAAGCUCCAUGCCAUGUGCAUCAUUUCCCUCUGCUGUGCCGAUGGUCUGAUGGGCGUCUACCUGUUUGCGAUCGGCGCGUACGACCUGAAGUUUCGCGGCGAGUAUAACCGCCAUGCACAGGCCUGGAUGGACAGUUUGCCCUGUCAGGUGGUCGGCUCUUUGGCCAUGCUGUCCACCGAAGUCUCAGUUCUUCUCCUCACCUACCUCACCUUGGAGAAGUACAUCUGCAUCGUCUACCCGUUCCGCUACCUGACGCCUGGGCGCAGACGCACCGUCACCAUCCUGGUGGCCAUCUGGAUCCUGGGCUUCGUCAUCGCAUUCUUGCCACUGGUGUGUAAAGGAGAUUUCAGGAACUUUUACGGGACCAAUGGAGUUUGUUUUCCUUUGCAUUCAGAGCAGCCAGAGACCGCAGGAGCUCAGAUCUACUCCAUCGUCAUCUUUCUGGGUCUGAACCUUGUGGCAUUUCUCAUCAUCGUUUUGUCUUAUGGAAGCAUGUUUUACAACAUCCAGAGAACAGGGACUCAAACAACCAAAUACAGCAACCACAUCAAGAAAGAGCUAACCGUAGCCAAGCGUUUCUUCUCCAUCGUCAUCACCGACUCGUUGUGCUGGAUACCGAUUUUCAUUCUCAAGAUCUUAUCCCUGAUGGAGGUCGAAAUCCCAGGAACCAUCAGCUCAUGGGUGGUUAUCUUUAUCCUGCCCAUAAACAGUGCUCUAAAUCCCAUUCUUUAUACCUUGACCACACGACCCUUCAAGGAGACCCUCCUGCAGGUCUGGACCAACUACCGGCAACAGCGGCCAUUGCUCAGUAGCCACCCAGCCCAUCAUCCUUCCUUUACCUGGCAGGAAAUGUGGCCUCUUCACGAAAACAGCCAGAACGUAGUGUCUCCGGAGUACCUGGCACAUCCUUCUGAGAUGUCCUGCACCUCAAGAACGUCUUAGCUGCUACCUAAGGAUGAAGUGAAAAAAGACAGGAAAUGAUACACAUAAACCUGCUCAGAUUUGGAGCCAUUCUUGGACAAACACAUUAGUUUGCUCGUCGGUUUUAUUAACACACACCCACAAUUGUACAUUUAUACUACUGAGUGACAGCAGCAGUCGCCUAUUCGUUUCCAGUGGAAGAGUAUGACUCAGAGCUUUGGUGGGGUGGAGUGUGAAAUGAAAUGGAGCUUUACUCAGAUUUAUGCAGAGUCAUGUACAACAUGACUUGCAUAUCAGAUCAACAGACUUCCAGGUUUACUUUUCGAACAUAAUACCCGUUUGCACUUUCUGUGAACUUCAAAGUCAAGCAAGCUUGACAGAGAUGACAUAAAAAAUGUCUGUUCCUGUGAAAAAAAAAACGCAUCGGGUCCCGAAUAUUGCUAAUAUUGUUCUGAAUAUCUGUAAAUCUGUGAUGAAUAUUGUCAAUUAGCCCAUUUGUGAGAAUACACGUGAUUAUGUAGUGGUGUUCUGUCCUUCAUUUUGUCUUAUAAAUAACAAUAAGUUUCACUGUAAUGUUUUUUUCCCAUACACACAAUCAACAAACAGUGGAUUUUAGUUAAAAAAAAAACAAAAAAAAAAACAGACGAAACAGCACCACCACUGGCUGUAAGAAAUAUUACACAUUAGGACUAAUUCAUUAAACCCCACACAUUGCUGUCACGUCCAUAAAACAUCAUCAACAGCGAUUUAUUUUUUUGUUUGUUUUUUUGUUUGUUUUAAGUGCAAAUUCAUCCACGUUGUCCAAUUAAAGUCAAACAACAGAAUGUUUUGUGUACCAUGACUUGGAUAAAUGAUCUGGCUGAUUGCUAUUCAGAAGAGAUUAUUUUUCUAUUAUGUUCCAAAAUUAAUUAAGGAGUCCAAACACUGCCUUCUGUCUGUCUGUCUGUCUGUCUGUCUGUCUGUCUGUCUGUCUGUCUGUCUGUCUGUCGUACAAAGAUUAAAUUAAUGUGUGUAAAUUUGCAUACACCAACAAUGACACCUCAUACCAAAAGGCUUAAGUUAACCACAGAGAAUUGAGAGGAAAUUAAAUGGAAAGUUGAAGAGGCCUCCAGUGUUGUAUGCAUUUAAUACGAACUAUUUUUAAACGGAAUUUAUUUAAAGGAUCGUGAAAUAAGCAAGUAAAAGUAUAUAUAUGUUUUUUUUUUCUCACAGUUCUCAAAUACGUCUUUAUUUGGAAUAAAAUCUAAUUGUGCUAAUUUUUUUUUUUUAACUCGGUUACACAAAGAUAUGAAAUGAGAGCCGUGACAUUUUGACCCAGUUCCUGUAAUCCAUUCCUAUUGGAUGUUUGGUUCAUUAUUAAAUACAUUUAUAGUCAGCAAAAGUGUUGGAUAACGAUCAGUGUUUCUCCAGCAAUCCAACCUUCGUAUGAUAUCGUUACUUUUUUUCGUAUUCACUGGCUGGUGAAACCUAAAAAAAAUAAAAGGUGUGAUUUUGUGUCGCUUGAUUUGACUCAGUAACAACCCUGUCGUUAACUUCGCUGUCCGCUGUUCCUCGUGCAUAGAGUGAACCUGGGGCAGUGUGAUGCUUUUCCCAAUUUCACCACUAUGUGCAGUAAUAACUCCAUGGGGCAGUAAGUGUGCUGCACCAUGACUGAUCAACAAAGUAUUUCAACAUCAUUUAAAGUGUAUGGAGUUGUACAUAGUUACUUUAAUAUAACAUAUUUGUAUAUGUGAUUGUCAUGGCAACCAAGAACCCACCACAAAUCCCUCCCCAGGCCCCCAGAGCUGUGAUUAUCACAGCCAACACAAACAAGCCCCCAAGAGAGACCACCAGAGGGCGCCCUAACACAUUUGUUCCACUUUCUCACCUCAUCACAACAGAAUUGUUUCAUUAUUACAUCAUAAAUUCUCCAUUUUUCUCCUAGGUAGCUGACGAGUUGGUUGUCGUGUGUUUAUCCGUGUUUGUGAUGACCGCUUGCGUCGUGUGUAGCUUCUGUUUACAUGUUCAAGUUUGUGUAGCCCAUGUGUAUCCUUAUGUAGCCCAAAGCUAUCUCUUUUCACCUCCAUUUUGUGACAGGGAUGUAUAAACACAAAGGGGCUUUGCAUCAUCUGUAUGAAUACAAUAAAUCUUGCUAAAUCGUACAGCUGACUGAAUAGCCAUUACUAAAAUUAUUGUGCGUUACGUCUUAUGCAUUUUGCUUAUUAAUAUCCUUACACAAAGGUAAAAAGGUAUCACAAGCCCUGUAUUACGUUUUCAUUCAUCUUUCAGAGUAUAAUUCACUAACAAACAGGAAUAAAUUUUAAAUAAAAUAAAUUCUAACAACACAAUACAUAUUCCGGUGUUCCAACACAUUUCAUAUUCAUAUUCCACAAUUCAUGUUCCAAGAUCAAAUCAAAGGCUGAUUGAUUUAAAUGUUUGAUAUUUGAGCCAAAUAUUACUAUAGUGCAGCGCUUUCAUACGGAUUUUCACUUACAUCAGGCUUUUUUCUUAUGGUCGAAAAUUUUGAUUUGUUUACAAGCAAGUUUUAAGAUGUACAUUUGAAACCAAUUUUCAUGUCUCGCAUAAAAGUCAUAGAAUUAUUGUGGAUCAAAACUAUUAGUGCCACACAAAAAUCAUCACACAUAAAACUUGUGAACAAACGUUUAUUCAGAUUUUCUGGAAGUAAAAAUUUA